AUGGGGAAUGAUUGUUCAAGUGCAUGCAACGUAUGCAAAAAUUCAGAAACUGUUAUUGAUGCCACUUCGUUUCCUAACGAUUUAAAAUAAUAUGAGAACACAAAAAAUUUAGAUUAUACAAAUGUGUCUAAUUAACAAUAAUAACAAUCACUGUAAUAACAGAACUUUAGUUAAUUUUAACAUCAACCCCUCGUGACAGAAGAAAUGCAUUCUCCACAUCCAGAAUAGUUUAGAUCUAAUUCAUAAUUACAAUAAUACUUCUCUUAAGCUGACAAAUAGGAAACAACCAAUUAUCAAAAUGAUCUAAAUGCAUACCCAGAAAGAAGACCACCAUUUACCUUUAAAAGUGGAGCUAUAUAUGAUGGUGAAUGGAGAGGCUAAGUACGAGAGGGUUUUGGACUUUAAAUAUGGCCUGAUGGAGCUAGGUAUGAAGGAUAGUGGAAAGAUAAUAAAGCUUGUGGUUAAGGAAAAUUUUGGCAUGUGGAUGGUGAUAUUUAUGAAGGGGAAUGGAAAGAAGAUAAGGCAAAUGGCUUUGGAGUUUAUAUACAUGUGAAUGGAGCUAAAUAUGAAGGAUAAUGGAAAGACGAUUUAUAAGAUGGAAAUGGAGUUGAAACUUGGGCUGAUGGCUCUAAGUAUGAAGGUAGUUAUAAAGAAGGGAAAAAGCAUGGGUUUGGUAGAUAUAUAUGGAAUGAUGGAUCAUCAUAUGAGGGCAAUUGGAUUGAUAAUAAAAUAUGUGGAAGAGGAAUCUAUUGUUGGACGGAUGGUAGAAAAUAUGAUGGGGAAUGGUUAAAUAACAAUAUGCAUGGUAGAGGAGUCUACACUUGGAGAGAUGGAAGAAGAUAUGAAGGAGAAUAUUAAUAUGAUAAGAAACAUGGUCAAGGAGUAUACAUAUGGGCAGAUGGAAGAAAAUAUGAUGGACAAUGGGCUUAUGGAAAACAAAGUGGGUAGGGAAAGUAUCAUCUUCCUGAUGGAACUAUUCGUCUGGGUUUAUGGGAAGAUGGAAAAAGAGUUAGAUGGCUGGAAGAUGAUGCAUCAGUGAAUAAAAGUAAUCAAUAACGUUACUGA